AGAAUUCAUUUCCUUUUUCAAUACCAAUUCCAAAUCCUAAAAGAUUUGGUUCCAAACCAAGCCUAAUUUUACAUCCGACGAGUUUGGGAAACCCUAGCUCUAAGAAAAAACUGCCUCUCCCUCUCUCCUUCCGCUUUCUCACUUCGUCGACCUUUCAAUUCUACCAGUCAUGGCUGGAUUGGCACCAGUGGGUUCUCAAUUUGAUGCUCGUCAAUAUGAUGCUAGAAUUGCUGAGAUUCUUAGGGCUAAUGGAGAAGACAUUUUGAGCUUUGAAGCUAUGGGAUGGCAAGAAAAGAUGCUGUGGCUCUUCUAUCCUACUGAUUUUAUGGGGACCUAUGAAAUUCAGCAAAGGCCUUCCAAUAGAGGAGUUGAUGUAAUUCAACAAGUACGGUACGGAACUGGAAAAACGGCAACUUUCUGCUCUGGAGUUCAGCAGCAGCUUGAUAAUCGGAAGCUGCAAAAGGGACUAAACAGGAGCAGCCCCAACAGAAAGAAGAGCCAACGUUCCGGGCUUUUUCGGGGAAGAAAUACUCGCUGAAGGGUUGAUUGGAUUCGCUACAAUCAAUGUCUUUUAAAAUUAUAUUGUUCCCAUUCACCUGUAAUUUUGCGGGUCAGAAUUACAAGGACUACAUUGAACUGAGUAACACUAAAGAAUGAAACCGUGGGUUGUAUCAAAAAUGAAGAAUGAAAUAUUUGUUUUGUGAAGUUCAUUAUUUGCUUA